CAAAAGAAGGAUGCAGAAGGAUGGUAUAAAUUGUGGGAAAAGUACUUUCAUCUGGAGAGCAGCAGAAGUCUGAGAAGCCUUCAGUCUAACUGAAACUCUACUUGGGCCACAGAAUGCCACAACAGGUGGAUAAAAGGUGUUUGCAUCAUGCAGUACUUGGAAUGACUGUGGUGUUAACUCUCCUCUAUGGACGUGGAUACACUAUGGAGGUGUCAGAGGAUGUGCUCCUAUUCAACACAACACUGAACCAGCUUUUUAGUGAUGAAAGUGGAGAGGAACCAAAGGUUUUGGCGAUUCAAACGCCCUGUGGUCCUGAACACGAUGGAUUCUGUUUUAAUGGUGUGUGUUCCUACUCUUCUGACCUUGACACCCCCAUCUGCCGGUGUCACCAAACAUACACUGGUGUGAGGUGUGAACAUAUGAUUUUGGACACCAAAAGCUUUUCCAGCACUGAAGAAGUCAUUGGAAUUAGCUGUGGUGUAGUUCUAUUUCUUGGAACCCUUCUUGGAUUACUGUACUGCUGCUUGAAGAAAAGAUGCCGGAAGUCAUCGCCACCCUACAAGAACUAUGGCUCUGAGAACUCUGUUUAAUUUAUUUAGCUACUUGUAGUCCUUUUAAAUAAACUGCUUUUAAGACCAAGACAGGAGGAAGGAAAAACAUCAAGACAGAAAAUGACACUCUAAAAGCAAGAAACGUUAGACUGUGAGGUAAUAACAGAGAGACAACGCCCUCUAGCUGAGAGAGACAGACUUUGUGAGACACUUUACACUACAUUGUCCAUAUUCCACAAAUUACACAUUAAAUAUAAUUAAAGUUGUACUCAAUUUUUUAUUUAUUUUUUUACUUGUCUGCUUGGACUUGUGCUAACCCCUAGGGGCAUGGAUGCAGCAUCAUUCAAACACAAUAGACUUCAGUUACCAAUGCCAUUGUAGAAAUUCAGUUUACACUUUAGACAUAAUUAAUUGAAUCCAUUAGUUAAAGGGCGGUUUCUGAGAUUAGGUGAGUAGUAUCUGGCUAGUCAUGUGAUCCUAACAUGGCAGCCCCCAAAUGUGGACCCUCUCCAUGUAGGAUAAAUGAAUCAUUUAAGCACAAUUAUCAUUCGUAUAAACCUGUCUUGUUUUUCCAUCAGCAAAUGCCAUAUGCUGCCUCCUUAAUGAAUGUAUGAUGUAAGUACACAUAGAUAUUUAUUGCACAAGUAUAAACAGUAAGUUGAUGCUAAAUAUAAUACCUAAACUGUGCUAAUGUAUUUGUAUCAGAUAGAUUGAUU